AUGGAUGCGAUUGUGGCUGAAGCGAGCGCAGCGCUUCCCGAUGUCCCGACCAUCGCAAGAGCCGCACUUGCUGCGGGACAAGCCCCCGGGGCACAGAAUCCGCCCCAGCACGGACCGUCAGCUGGCGUUCGGGGGCAAGAUGAAGAUGAUGAGGACGUCGCUCUCGCAAGACAAAUAAGGAAGGCGGGUGUCAGUACACCUCGCGUGCAGGAGAAACUUUUUACCAUCGAAGGGAAGGACGUUGCUGUCAUAUGCGUCACGUUUUCCGAUAAAUUCUUUAUAACAAUUUCGGAUAACGGAAAAAUGGCGGCAAUGAUUCAAGGCUCUGCAGGCUUUGAAGAACAACGUGCAGACUUUGGAGUCAGGUUUAUAUUUGGGGACAGGCAUCGAGAAUACUUUCUUGUGUACGCCAGAGAGCUUCUGGCGAUAAUUUCCGCUCGAACGAAGAAAGAGCUCCUCCUGGCGAUAUCUGUCAGCGUCGAUCGGCCGUCCUUCUUUAGAGCCGUUAUGGAUGGCAUUCGCGCGAACUUCCAGUUUGUUUAA